UCGUCUACAUAUCGAUCUGACAAAAAAAGGAUCAGCCAAUUCGUUAAGAAUGUUUAUAGUGAGGAAAUGACUCGGUUUUAUCUGGUUUUGACGCAAGAUGCAAAGGUCCCAUGAAGCUAACAGUGCCAUUAAAAAGAAAAGAGAAGAAGAAGAUGAUGAUAUUCAGGUGAGAAUGACAAAGGGAUGUGGAAUGAGCUCGUGGCGACCAGGAUGUAACCUCUAGCAAGACAAUGCAGCAGUUGUUGCAGCAUCCCCUAGCUCGAUGAGCCGAGGCUUUGUAAAGAUGGGAACUUUACGAGUUAUGUGCCAAAAAGCAUGAAAUUUUCCGCGUGUUGUGUACUACCCCCCACCGAAAUCAGCGGAGAAUCCCCCAGCUUCCCUUAAUUAGCCGGCAUCAUAGCCAACCCUAGUGCGGGACCCCUGAGAAAAUUAAUUGAUUUCGUGCCAAGAUUUCAUUUUUCUCUGUAGGGGUACCCAAGAUGGUCCAUGACUCUGCCGCCAAAGAAGAACAUGUGCUCUCUCAUGCUUCCAAACCAUACGAUUGCUUCACCAUCAUCACUGUCGGUCACAGGCCUGCUAAUCAAAGCUUUACGUGAAAAAAGGCAGUAAUACUUCCACGUGAAAAAAGUAAUAAUUCGAAAACUGAGAAGAGAGAGAAAGAGAGAGAGUCAGUCAUGGGGGACUGUUCCCCUUAACUUGGGGGUGUCAGGUGCCAAGAAAUGGAUAAAAUCUUCCAAAGCGAAAAGAUUGAUCUUGAGCGACUGUCUUUUUACUCAGCUUGGAGACCCCAUUUCUUUCGUUUUUGCUUUUGAUCUGACUUCGUUUGUUACAGUACGAUUCUUAGACAUUUUCCCGAGAGAAAUUGUCCCUUUUUGUUACAUAGGGUGCUUCCUCGUCCUCGGCUUCGGUUCUUCUUCCUCAUUUUGUUCCUUCUUUCCUGUUUCUUUUUCUUUCUGGGGGUUUUGUCUCAGCCCAUCUGCGCUUUUGAAGCUGUACUAUGGCUAUGUUGUCUCUGUUAGAUUCUUGAUGGUUUUCUUUAGCCGGGGAAGAUGGUUGAUAUUAGGAGAGACCUGUGCAUUGCCUUGCAUUUGAGCCUGAUUACACUGGCGUGCGGUGUCACCGACCCUAAUGACCUCAAAGUCCUCAAUGAUUUCAGAGAAGGGUUGGAGAACCCAGAGCUCCUUGAGUGGCCAAUUGAUGGGGAUGACCCUUGUGGCCCUCCCAAAUGGCCCUAUGUCUACUGUUCUGGCGAAAGAGUCACCCAAAUACAGGCCAAAGGGUUGGGUCUGAAAGGCGAAUUGCCUCCAAGUUUUAAUCAGCUUUCAAUGCUCUCCAACUUAGGCCUCCAGAGGAACAGUUUGUCUGGGGCAUUGCCCAGUUUUAGCGGAUUGACGGAGCUGCAAUAUGCUUAUUUGGAUUACAAUGGCUUCGAGGCGAUCCCCACGGAUUUUUUUGAUGGCCUAACCAGUUUGCAGGUGUUGGCCUUGGAUUAUAACCCCUUGAAUAUGAGUUCUGGAUGGUCUGUUCCGGUUGAAUUGACGAAAUCUGUUCAGUUGACGAAUCUCUCCCUGAUGAAUUGCAACUUGGUCGGCCCGCUGCCGGAGUUUUUAGGGGCGAUGCCGUCCCUAACGGUGCUGAAGCUUUCGUAUAACAAUCUGUCCGGUGAGCUUCCUGGGAGUUUCGGUCAAUCUAUGCUGCAGAUUUUGUGGUUGAACGACCAAAAUGACGGCGGCAUUGGCGGUAAAAUUGAUGUGAUUGCUUCGAUGGCGUCCCUCACGCAGUUGUGGCUUCACGGAAACCAGUUCACCGGCACGGUUCCGGAGAACAUUGGAGCUCUGACUUCUCUGAAGGACCUCAAUCUCAACAGGAACAAACUUGUUGGUCUAAUUCCCGAAAGCUUGGCCAUUAUGGAGCUGGAGAAACUUGACUUGAACAACAAUCUGUUCAUGGGUCCGAUCCCAAAAUUUAAGGUACGCAAUGUUACUUAUGAUUCCAAUUUCUUUUGUCUACCCGAACCUGGGAUGCAAUGUGCCCCUGAAGUUAAUGCACUCUUGGAUUUUCUUGGGGGUGUUGAGUAUCCUGAGAGUCUUGUUACUCGUUGGUCCGGGAAUAGUCCAUGUGAAGGGCCCUGGUUCGGAUUGAGCUGCAAUUCAAAGUCGAAAGCAUCCAUUUUGAAUUUGCCGAGGCAUAACCUCAACGGCACUCUGAGUGCUUCCGUUGCAAACUUAGAUUCGUUGCUCGAAAUUAGGCUCGGAGACAACAACAUACAUGGCAGAGUCCCCGAAAACUAUACUGAGUUGAAGUCUUUGAGGUUGUUGGACUUGAGCGGGAACAAUCUUGAUCCACCAUUGCCCAUGUUCCGCAAUGGAGUGAAGGUCAUCAUUAAUCGAAACCCUCUCCUGGUCCGCAAUAAAACCACACCCGCUGUGUCACCGCCUCCCAAUAGCAGCCCAUUGCCAGAAAACUCUCCAUCUCCACCGAAACCUGAGAUCUCACCUUCCACAAUUGCCGGGUCAAGCUCUAGUCGAGCGCAAUCUCCACCCAAAGGAACCAAAAAAGUCAAAAUCCUUUUGUUGGUUCCUACUCUAAUCCUCACGUUUGUCCUUCUCAUGAUUAUUCUCUUCAUCUGUUGCCGCAAGAAGAGGAAAGAUGUGUCCGAGGCUCCGAGUUCCACUGUCGUUCAUCCUAGAGAAACUUCAGGUCUGGAGAAUAAAUUCAAGAUUAAAUUUUCUAAUAAUACCAAGACAAGCUUGUUCACCCAUUCCGGGACCAGCUCCUUGAGCACACUCAGUAACGGAACGGAAAAUUCACGUUCAAUUGAGGUCGGAAAUCUCGGCAUAUCUGUCCAAGACCUACGCAAGGUGACGAAAAAUUUUGCACCUGAAAACGAGCUCGGACGAGGUGGCUUCGGGACGGUUUAUAAGGGAGAGCUAUGUGAUGGGACUGAAAUUGCUGUCAAGAGGAUGGAAUCUAAUCUGAUCUGCAGUAAAGCAUUGGACGAGUUCCGAUCUGAGAUCGCCGUGCUGUCCAAAGUUCGGCACCGGCAUUUGGUGUCUCUUUUGGGUUACUCUAUCGAAGGAAGUGAGAGGCUUCUGGUGUACGAGUACAUGCCGCAGGGAGCUCUUAGUCGGCAUCUUUUUCACUGGAAGGCGAACCGAUUGGAGCCUCUUACAUGGAGGAAGAGAUUUAUGAUCGCUUUGGAUGUGGCCCGAGGGAUAGAGUAUCUGCACAGCCUGGCCCAGCACACGUUCAUACACAGAGAUCUGAAGUCUUCGAAUAUUCUUCUAGGCGAUGACUUCCGAGCGAAGGUCUCGGAUUUUGGAUUGGUUAAACUCGCUCCUGAUGGAGAGAGGUCUUUUGCGACCCAGCUCGCUGGGACUUUUGGGUAUCUCGCACCUGAAUAUGCUGUUAUGGGAAAGAUCACAACAAAAGUCGAUGUCUACAGCUACGGUGUGGUACUAAUGGAGCUUCUGACCGGACUUACAGCACUCGACGAGGAGCGCUCGGAGGAAAGCAGGUAUCUGGCCGAGUGGUUCUGGCGAAUCAGAUCUAGCAAGGAGAAGUUCGUAGCAGCCCUUGACCCAGCAGCCAACGAAACCGAAGAAGCUCUCGAGAGCAUCUCCAUUGUGGCCGAACUUGCCGGACACUGCACUGCUAGAGAGCCUCACCAUCGGCCCGACAUGAGCCACGUGGUCAAUGUGCUGGUCCCGCUAGUCGACCGAUGGAAGCCGAUGAGCGACGAGCUGGAGGACACUUCAGGAAUCGAUUACAACGUGCCGCUUCCCGAGUUGUUGAAAGUGUGGCAGGAGGCGGAAAGCAAAGGGUCGAGCAUCGGAACUCUAGGGGACAGCUCGGGGAGCAUCCCCGCUAAGCCCGCUGGAUUUGCCGAGUCCUUCACUUCAGCUGAUGGGCGAUGAACAAGGUGGUUUGAUUACUGUAAAUAACGGACUCUCUAUCUGUUCUCUUACUAUACAUGGUCUUGGUUACCGGUUUCUCACGGUUAAAUUCCUUCUGAGAAUGAUUCCUUGUGUCGCGUCAAUCCGAUUAGUUACAAAUAUGCUUUUUCAAGUUGUUAUUGUGUCGAAGUUAUGUCAUUAAGCCUCAUCUGUUGCAGCAUCUGUACUUAGUGAAAUGUCUGAAGAACUGGCAUUGUUAUUCAAUGUUUUACCUGAUGGUUUUCCGCCGCAA